AAAUCGCAUUCAGAACUAUCAGAUUAAAUUUGGCAACAAACGGAUGCAAUUGCGAAGUUUAAUUUCGAAUUGACAGCUUCAGUUCUAACAACAGAAGCUUUAAGAUUUCAAUGUCAUUGAAACGUUCAAACAUGGAUGUGAUAUCGUUCAAGAUCUUUGUUAUCAUCGGAAUGCUGUGUACAUCAAUUGUUGGUCGUUUGUCAGAACCAUGGAAUCCAAGGGAAUAUUCUUGUUAUAAUCUUAUGGAAAAGAUUGAUACACUUGAGAAGAAGCUCAGACAAACGAGCUCCGAGCUGGGAACCAUUACACAAAGACAGUCUGGAAUAUCGACAUUGUUAGAUGAAAUUCCACCGUUCUACCAUGAAAAGUCACUUACGGUUGAUGAAUUGGAAUCGGGUGGAUGGAAGAUGGUCUUUCGUGCGACAUCCAGCAAUGGCCAAUCCGUGCAUGACGCUUGGGUCAAAAGAACGGGUACAUCUGAUGUCAAACCGCUGACAAUGACUCGCUCUUUGUCCAGUCACUAUCGCGAUCCUGCCUUGGACACGUGGCACAACUUAGCCGUUAAGUACGUUAAGUUUGCGCUCUACAAAGGAAACAGAGAGGUGGCAUACGUACUUUUUAACGGCAGCGGUUCAUCCAACUUGGACUGGUUUACGUAUUCCCGUGUCCUUCUGUCUAGCUGGCCUGGUCUUACGUCCAAAGAACAAUAUAAUAUAUUCUCUAUAGACGGAAUUCUCAGUGGACAAACCGUAAUUCGGCGUUUCCUCAUGAACAAACGUUUUGAGGGAUGCGACAAAGAUAGGGGUUAUGUUGCGGUGAUUGACGGUGGAUCCGCAUGUGCCUGGGACCAGCACCCUAGUUACCCGCAGUUUAUAUACUCGGACAUGAACUCGGACGACUUUUAUGACAGGCGACAGUUUGGGUUGGCGGACUACAUGGUCGUGUUUGUGUACAUUUGAAGCUACUUUUGAAGCUACUUUGACAGUGAAAAGUAGAAACAGUCGAUGCAUUUAAAGUGGUUUUGUGUUGAUUGAUAAUGAACAACGUCUUGCUUAUUGAUAUCAAUUGGCUCUUACUGUUGAAUCUAUCUAAUUUUUAUACAUUUAACAUGUCCAUUCAAUGUGUGUAUAUGGGGGUACACAUAACAAGAAGUUCCAACCUUAAGAACAAAAUAUGUUACAAAGUAUUACAGAACUGAUGCUCUGAUAUUUCAGACAAAAUAAUUAUAGCCAACCCAUUCUUGAUGACAACAAUGAAACAACAGUGUAAGAUAAAACAUGCUAUAUGGCAAAGAGUAACACUUUGAAAACAUAUCCCCAAAUAUAUUGAAAGAUGUAUGUACGAUCUUACUUCCUUGUGUCAAAACAUAUAAUACGUUGUAACAUACAAUAAUAAAAUAACUGUUCAAGAGGACUGGUAGCAGUAGAACAACGACAUUAGAGUGUUUCAGACUAUUUUACGUUUCGUGUGUAAAAUCUAAAUCAUAUAUAUGUACAAAAACACGGUUUCUGUUGGUAAAUGUUCGAUCAUCUAUGCAGAUUUUUACAUGCAACAAAAUGACAAUUUUGGUGCUUCCACUAAUUAUUGUGAAGUUGUCAGCAUCGGCUUAAUGCUUAGAAUUUUUUAUUGUUAUGAGUUUCAUUGAAAUUAACAACAGUUGAGUUGUGGUUCAACUUAAAGUUUAUUUGCAUUAGGUAUUUAACUUUAUUCGUGAUAUUUCAUGGUAAUAUUUUAAGAUUGAUUAUAUUACGGGUUGACAUCAAGACCAAAGAUACUCACUUUAAAUAGUUUCACCGAUAUAAACCUCAAACGGUGUAUUAAAUCGUGUUCUAAGUAUUUGAUUUCUGUGAUACAUUUGGGCAAGUUGUCAUGUUGUGUUUUCCUACUUACAUGUGAUCAUGAUCGUUUUUGUCCGAUGAUGAAAUGCUGCACUUGAAGAUAGCCCGUGCACUGUGGAUAUAGAUAUAUAUUUUCUUAACCACGAAUAGAAGCUUCUGUCUCAAAAGCACGCCGACACGUUAUUUAUUAUCUUAAGGAAUUUGGGCUUGUCUUUAAAUACCAAUUGUUUUUAAUUGACCAUUCCACGGCGAAGGCCCAAGCUUUGGUCACUGUUUCUGUAUCGUCCUAUAUUGGUCGAUUGUAACUAAACAUUUUCGCCUGAUGUUUCUGUAGUUUAGUUCUUUAUAAACUUCAUGAUUAUAUAUUUCAUAACAGCAAGUACAUAAUGAGAUAAAAACCGGUUAUGCCAAAUAAAGAUGUAUGUACUUUU